AUGUCGCUCAAUCUAAUGUUCGGCCCGGCACCUGAGCCAGCGACAGAGCUCGGACGGUAUCGUGUGUUGUCCAGCACCGCCGGUGUCAGAGUCUCGCCGUUAUGCUUGGGCGCCAUGUCCAUUGGCGAUGCGUGGUCCGAUGCCAUGGGCAGCAUGGACAAGGAGAGCUCAUUCAAACUCCUCGACGCAUAUUACGAGGGUGGUGGAAACUUCAUCGACACAGCUAACAACUAUCAAAACGAACAGUCUGAGAAAUGGAUCGGCGAAUGGAUGACGGAACGCAAUAACCGCGACAUGAUCGUCCUUGCCACCAAGUACACAACUCCCUAUCGCAGCUGGGAGCUCGGCAAGGGCAAGACAGUCAACUAUUCAGGCAACCAUAAACGCAGUCUACACCUGUCGGUUCGAGACUCGUUGAAGAAGCUGCAGACCGAUUACAUCGACCUGUUGUAUCUGCAUUGGUGGGAUCACACGACCUCCAUCGAAGAAAUCAUGGACGCACUGCACAUCCUCGUGGUGCAGGGCAAAGUCCUCUACCUUGGAAUCAGCGACACACCAGCAUGGAUCGUCUCCGCCGCCAACACGUAUGCACGCGAGCAAGGAAAAACGCAAUUCAGCGUGUACCAGGGCCGGUGGAACAUCAUGACCCGCGACUUCGAGCGCGACAUCAUCCCGAUGGCGCGCCACUUCGGCAUGGCGCUCGCACCGUGGGACGUGAUCGGCGGCGGUAAGUUCCAGUCAAAGAAACAGAUCGAGGAGCGCAAGAAGGCCGGCGAGGGCCUGCGCGACUUCAUGGGCAAUACACAGUCGCCGCAGCAGGAGAAGGUCUCGGCAGCGCUCGAGAAGGUCGCUGGCGAACAUGGCAUCGAGUCCCUGACAGCCGUGGCGCUCGCGUACGUCAUGCAGAAGACGCCCAACGUCUUCCCCAUCAUCGGCGGGCGCAAGGUCGAGCACCUCAAGGACAACAUCCAGGCGUUGAGUCUGAAGUUGAGUGACGAGCAGGUCCAGUUUCUCGAGAGUCAGACCGAAUUUGACAUCGGCUUCCCCGGCAAUUUCUUCGGCGCCGAUCCCAAGUGGACCGGCCAGCCGAGUAACAUGUUGACCAUGGCGGCUCAUAUGAGCUUUCCUUCGCCGAAUAAGUCUUAUGUGCAUGAGAAGCAAUAG